AUGGUAGAAAAGAACUUAGAGAAUGAGAAUGAUGAUGUAACUGUUAAUGAAGAUGGUCAAGAAAAUAUUAAUGAAAAUGAAGUUGAUAUAGAAAGAAAAGAUGUUCAUGAUAAUUUGAGUAGUGAUGUUUCUUAUAAUAUUUAUGAUCCCGGAUGGUGGAAAAUUAUUGAUACUAAAUUAAGAGAUUUGUUAGUUGAAAAAGGUCCAAUUAGAAUAAAUGAUAUAAUUUUUCCAAAAGAUGAAAAUUCUAGGAAUUUUUCCACUUUUUAUUACAUGAGAAAAUUAUUGAAUGGAGAAACAUAUGAUAGAAGAUGGUUGGUAUAUUCUAAGGAUUUUGACAAGGUGUAUUGUUUUUGUUGCAAAUUAUUUCAUUCUAAUUCUACUAAUAAUAUGAAUCAAUUAGGAAAUGAAGGAAUUAAGGAAUGGAGAAAUCUUGAUGCUAGGCUUAAAACACAUGAAACAAGUAAUGAGCAUAUUUUUAACAUGAAUGCUUGGAUUGACUUAGAAUUGAGACCUGCAAAUAAUAAAACAAUAGAUAAAAGUGUGCAAGAACGAAUUAAUAAGGAGAAGGAACAUUGGAGGAAUGUUUUAGUAAGAAUAAUUGCUAUUGUAAAAAGUCUAGCUAAGAAUAAUUUGGCAUUUCGUGUAAAUAAUGAAAAGAUCUACCAAGAGAACAAUGGAAUUUUUUUGAGUUUAAUUGAAAUGAUUGCUGAAUUUGAUCCAAUUAUGCAAGAACAUGUUCGACGUAUUGACAAUAGUGAAAUUCAUAAUCAUUAUUUGGGACAUAGAAUUCAAAAUGAGUUUAUUCAAUUAUUAGCGAGUGAAGUGAAAAAUACAAUUUUGAAAAAAAUCAAAGAAGCAAAUAUUUUUCAUGAACUCACAAAAGAAAUUGAAAAUUUGAAACUUGACAUUAAUGACAUAAGAGGACAAGGAUAUGAUAAUGGAUCGAACAUGAAAGGAAAGCACCAAGAUUUGUUUUCGGAAUUAAAAGUGUUGAGAAAAUUUUUUCCAAAUGAAAAUAAUAGUUCAAUUGAAAUACUUGAUUACAUAAAAAAGAUUGAUUCACUUCCAAAUGCAUACAUUGCUUAUAGAAUAUUGCUAACUAUUCCUGUAAUAGUUGUUUCAACAGAGAGAAGUUUUUCAAAAUUGAAAUUGAUAAAGUCUUAUUUAAGAUCAACUAUGUUGCAAGAACGAUUGAGUGGAUUGGCAAUGUUCUAUGACUUGGAGAUUGUUCAUUGUGAAAAAGUUGGAGAAGAAAAUUUGCUUAUUGGAGAAUUCAUCUACAACUUUGAAUAA